AUGAUCGACAACAUCGGGUGUUGCCAAAGGUUGCGGAUUCAAGGACGCUACCAAGAGAUGGAAGGUCAAGAAACUUCCACGUUAGUCUCCGCAAAGCGGGCUCUGCUCGAGCUAGGAAAUCAACCUUCGCCGUUGCUCGUGAUGACCACAAAACCUGCUCCAACUGCCAUCUUCCUCGUGAAUCCAAUUAAGAUGACCGAAAAGAUGCGCCCACACCAUGAAAAACAAGUUCUUCUAACUUCUAAUUUUGUUAUAUUUCAAUUUUUACUAUGA